UUUCUCAGUGCGCAGCGUUCAUUGAUGCUCUUAACCUCUUCGUGGAAAUGCAUGUGUUAUGUUCCUCGUAAUCAGGGAUACAUUUGUACUGAAAAUAAUCAUGAAUAGAUGACGAUAUUUAGUCAAUGCAUUUGUUGCCAACCAAUUAGCUUUCGAGGGAUGACACUGAUUAAGAAAUGUACAGCAAAUGAAAACCAUGCCUCAUUUCUCUCAGCGAAUUAUAUGUUAUCUCUUGUGCGUUUGUAAACAACUCACUUUGACAUUACACCGCACAAGUCUCACUGUUUUGGUGCCGACAAAUCAACACAGCUUCUAAAAAGCCGGCUAAUCGCAUCUAGAUUAACGAUUUAUUAAUUUAAUUAAUAUGUCUAAAUUUCGCUCACUUUUUGCCAAACCGUUUCCAAUCAUUGGAAUGAUCCACGUGGGUGCUCUGCCAGGAACUCCUCUGUACAAAGGACAUGUGAAUAAACUUAUUAGUGAAGCGCAAGCCGAAGCGAACAUUUAUCGGAAAUGUGGAGUGGAUGGUGUGCUGGUUGAAAACAUGCACGACAUUCCUUACAUUCGACCAAGGGAUGGCCUCGGUCCAGAAAUUACGUCUGCGAUGACCAGAGUAACGUUGGCGGUGCGAGAAACAAUACCGGACAUACCAUGCGGAGUGCAAAUUCUAGCCGGCUGCAAUCAUGAGGCUCUGGCCGUAGCCAAAGUAUGUCAGUUGCAGUUCAUCCGUGCAGAAGGAUUCGUAUUUGGUCACAUGGCUGAUGAAGGGUUUACGGAUGCAUGCGCCGGAUCUUUGCUACGCUAUCGAAAGCAAAUCGAUGCAGAGGAUGUCCUUGUCUUAACCGAUAUAAAAAAGAAGCACAGCUCGCACGCCAUUACAAGCGAUGUCUCAAUAACGGAAACGGCAGGUGCGGCUGAAUUUUUCCUUUCAGAUGGCUUGAUAGUGACAGGAAGUUCCACUGGUGCAAGUGCUCAACAGGGUGAUUUGCAAGCCCUACGCGGUAAAACUAAUCUACCGAUAAUCAUCGGAUCUGGACUGACGCUUGCCAAUUUAACUAACUAUUGGACACUAGCCCACGGUGCAAUCGUAGGAUCCCAUUUCAAAGAGAACGGGCAUUGGAGCGCUGCACUUUGUCAGAGACGAGUCCAAACUUUCAUGGAAGGUGUAGAAACACUACGGUGUCAACAUUCAAGCUAACGGCUAGCAAUGGGAUUGUUUAUUCAUAUAGCUAAAUCAAACUUUAUUUUUUCUGCAACAAUAAGUGACCUUUGGGCUUCAGCUUUGCGGCUAGCAG